CAGGAGAAAAUGUCGAAGAACUUGUCCGCUUUUCUCUACGGGAUAAACGAUAUCAGGCUUAAAAAUCGCGACGUACCAGUGCCAAAUGAAAAUCAGCUUCUAAUCAAAGUUCAUACCGUUGGAUUAUGUGGAUCUGACGUGCACUUCUGGAAAAAGGGUGCCAUAGGAAGUUUUCAUGUAAAGGAUCCCUUGGUGCUUGGACAUGAACCCAGUGGUAUUGUGGCUGGGUUGGGUUCAAAAGUAAAAAAUUUUAGUAUUGGAGAUCGAGUAGCUUUGGAACCAGGAAAUCCAUGUCGCGCUUGCCACUUAUGCAAGAGCGGUCGGUAUAAUCUGUGUCAUGAUAUGAGGUUUCUUGGUGCACCUAGCAUACAUGGAUCAUUGAGCAGAUAUAUGGUUCACAACGCUGAUUUAUGUUUCAAGCUACCCGAAAAUGUUACCUUUGAUGAAGCUGCGCUUCUUGAGCCAUUAGCCGUAGCAGUUCAUGCCUGCCAACGAGCGGAAUUACGCAUCGGAGAAAACGUCUUGGUGCAGGGGGCAGGAUCAAUAGGAACGCUAUGCAUGAUGACGGCAAAAGCAAUGGGUGUUGGUCAGAUUGUAAUUACAGAUUUGGAGGAACGUAAAUUAGAUAUUGCGAAGACUCUCGGAGCUGACCACUCUGUUUGCGCCAAAAACAAGUCGGUGGAGGAAGUUAAGCAGUUGGUGACCAAGUGCUUGAAAUGUGAGCCUGAUGUGACCAUCGAAUGUACAGGAGCGCGAUCCUGUUUAGAGUCGUCGAUUUUGGUAACAACUCAAAAUAAAUUGUCCGAGAAUAUUUUAGCUGGGUUUUUAUUUUGGGCUACACGCUCUGGAGGACGAAUUAUCAUGGUUGGUCUUGGUAAUCCAAGAGUUGAACUGCCAAUGAUCGACUGUUGUUUGAGGGAAGUGGACAUCAGAGGUUCAUUCAGAUUUGCAAACGAUUAUCCGACCGCACUGAACCUUCUUGCUUCAAAAAAAGUGGAUAUCUCAAGAUUUACAAGUGCGCAUUACAAACUGGAGGAAGUCGUAGAAGCUUUGGAGCGGACACAAAAAGGAGACGUAAUGAAAGUCUUUGUGCAAUGCUAAAUUGAAAUUAAUUCACAUUCUGAAAUAAAGAACCA